AUGAAUCUCACUUGUUCGCCCUCGGCGAUUCAACCCCCAGCCGUCUACGGCGCAGAAAUCCUCAACCUGUCAGCCGCCUGGGUCACCAACUACACGCGCACCGCCCCGGCCACAUCCAACUACAACCACGGUGACGUCGAAUUGCGCAAUGCAGAGUUCUGCAACAUCACCGUCACAUACACGCACCCGGGGUACGACGACCGCAUCACCGUGGAGACCUGGCUCCCGCGCCACGGCUGGAACGGCCGCCUGCAAGCCACCGGCGGCGGAGGCUGGCAGGCCGGUCGCUUCGUGCUGUCCCAGUUCUUCAUGGGCGGGGCGAUCGGCGAAGGAUACGCCGCGACGACUACCGACGCGGGACUGGGCGAUGCGGCCUUCCCAACUUCAUGGGCACUCAAAAGCCCCGGCAACGUCGACUACGCGGCGCUGCAUAAUCUGGGUUCCCGCUCUUUGAACGACCAAGCAGUCAUCGGCAAGAGCCUGAUCCGCAGCUUCUACGGACGGGACCCGGACUAUUCCUACUGGAGUGGCUGCUCCCAGGGCGGGCGACAGGGACUGAUGCUAGCACAGCGGUACCCAACAGCGUACGACGGCAUCGCGGCGUCCGCGCCCGCGCAGUCCUGGACCAAGUUUGUCUCCGCUCCGUAUACCUCCGUCAACCAGACAUUUCACUGCUCCACCCUCAAUCGAACAAUUGCGCUUAGCGAAGGUGCUGCGAUCAUCGCCGACGCCGCCUGGUCCGGCCCGCGGACGCAGGAUGGCAAAUUCCUCUGGUACGGGGUGAAUCCCGGCUCCGACAUCAGCAGCUAUGGCUCCGUGCCCGGCCAGAACAGCACCCAGGCGGAUGUCUGGUUCAACCUGUUUGUUGCCAAGAACGCCAGCUUCGAGACGAGCAAGAUGACUCGCGCGAAGUACGAGCGGGCCUUCCACCUCGCCAGCCAGGAGUAUACCGAUUUCAUGAACGCCGCUGAUCCCGACCUGAGCGAGUUCCGCAACGCGGGCGGGAAGCUCAUCACUUAUCAUGGCAUGGCCGACCCCAGUAUCCCGACCAAGGACACCGAGUUCUACUACAACGCGGUGACGGAUCUCUUCCCCGAUGUCCAGGAAUUCUAUCGCUUCUUCGAGGCGCCCGGGUUGGGGCAUUGCUCGGGCGGUGUGGGCGGGCAGCCCACCACUACGUUUGAUGCCCUAAGACUGUGGGUGGAGAACGGGACAGUCCCUGAGACUCUGCCUGUGGAGUACGCAGGAUCCGAUGGGGCGAAGCAGUCGCGCAUCCUGUGUCCUUAUCCUGCUCAGGCGAAGUAUAUGGGAGGCGAUGCAUCUACUGCGGAGAGUUUCCGCUGUGUCUAG